ACUCUGUAUCUCUCUCUGAAAAUGCAAAGCAAAGCGCGCAAUAUCUUGUUUUACUAAGUACCAAUACCCACUUCUCAAAAAAAAAAAGAAAAAAAGUACCAAUACCCAAACAAAGCCUUAGCAGCCAAAAAAACCACAACUCCACCAAAAACCAAAAUCCACAGUAAGAGAGAGAUAGUGAGAAAUGGAACAAGUAGAAGAAGAAGGAAAAUGGGAAUCAAAAUUCCCAGCAUUUCCGUACAAGCCGUACUCUAUCCAGAUCGACUUCAUGAACUCCCUCUACCAUUCUCUCAACAAAGGCGGCGUCUCCAUGCUCGAAAGCCCCACUGGGACUGGUAAAACAUUAAGUAUCAUCUGUAGUGCUUUGCAAUGGGUGGUUGACCGAAGGCAACAACAGAAAUCAGAAAAAGAAGGUGAUUCUGGUAAGAAUCGGGACGAUGAGCGUGGCUCAGAUGAUGAGCCUGAUUGGAUGAAAGGCUUUGUUGUGAACAAAGAUGGCCAAGGUCAGGAGAAGAAGAAUAAGACAAAGAAAUAUGGUGUUGGAUUUGGAAAACCUGAUAAGAGAGGGAAUCAGGAAAGUUGUAGGGACUUGUUCUCGCAGAGGAUGGAGGGGGAAGAUUUAGUUACAAAGAAAGAGGGAGAGAAUUUGCAAAAGAAAAAUGAUGCAGUGGAGUUGAGUGAUGAGGAGUUUUUGUUGGAAGAUUAUGAAAGUGAUGAGGAAGGGUCUGGUGGGAAGUCAAAGAGGAAGGCUGGUGGGGGGUCUCUUAGUUUAUCAAGUGAUGGGGAAGAGGAAGAAGAUCACUCUGAUGAGGAAGAGGAGGAGAAGUUGAAGGUUUAUUUUUGUAGUCGAACACAUUCACAGCUUUCACAGUUCAUAAAGGAGUUAAGAAAGACAGAAUUCGCUAAUGAGAUGCAGGUUGUGUGUUUGGGUUCUAGGAAAAAUUUCUGCAUCAAUAAAGAGGUAUUAAAACUUGGAAACUCCAAUCGAAUUAAUGAGCGGUGCUUGGAGCUUCAAAAGAACAACAAAAAAGAGGUUUCCAAGAUCAAGAACUUAGGUGCAGGAGGAAGAAUACGCAGGACCAAGGCCUGUUCUGGAUGCCCAAUGCUUAGAAAACCUAAAUUACAAAGACAAUUCAGAGGUGAGAUAUCUCAACAAGGAGCCUUGGAUAUUGAAGAUCUUGUUAACCUUGGAAGAAAUAUGGGAACUUGUCCAUAUUAUGGCUCCCGAAGCAUGGUCCCUGCAGCUGAUCUUGUGAUUCUACCCUAUCAAUCUCUUCUAUCAAAAUCAUCCCGCGAAUCACUUGGCUUAAAUUUGAAGAAUAAUAUUGUUAUAAUAGAUGAGGCUCACAAUCUAGCUGAUUCACUCAUCAGCAUGUAUGACUCAAAAAUUAGUUUGUUACAGUUGGAAAAUGUACAUUCCCACAUAGGGAGGUACUUUGAGAGAUUUCGCAAUCUCUUGGGACCUGGUAAUCGUAGAUAUAUCCAAACCCUGAUGGUCCUUACUCAGGCUCUCCUCCGAAGUUUACUUGAGGGUACAAGUGUAGAUCUUCCUCAAACUUCUGGAGCAAAUGGUGUCUUCUAUGUUUCAAUGGCCAUUAAUGAUUUUCUAUUUUCACUCAAUAUAGACAACAUCAACUUGGUGAAAUUGGUCCAGUAUAUAAAGGAAAGCAACAUCAUCCACAAGGUCAGCAGUUAUGGGGAUAAAAUGGCUAGCUUGCAAAAAAGUUCAGCACACUAUGACACUAGGGAAUUUAGUGAGGAGGAAAGCACUCUGUCAGGUUUCCGGGCAUUAUCUGAUAUGUUGCAAUCACUUACAAACAAUAAUGGUGAUGGAAGGAUUAUUGUCUCAAGGUCUCAACCAACAUGCUCAGGACAAAAAGGAGGAUACAUAAAAUAUGUUAUGCUCACUGGUGAAAAGAUCUUUUCUGAGAUUGUGGACCAAGCACAUGCUGUUCUACUGGCAGGAGGAACUCUGCAACCUGUAGAAGAAACAAGGGAGCGACUCUUCCCAUGGCUACCACCAAAUCAGUUGCAUUUCUUUACAUGUAGUCACAUUGUCCCUCCUGAGAGUAUUUUGCCAGUUGCAGUUUCCCGUGGCCCUUCUGGUCAGUCUUUUGAUUUUAGCUACAGCUCUAGAAGCUCGUCAAUCAUGAUCCAGGAGCUAGGGCUUUUGCUUUGCAAUUUGGUAACAGUGGUUCCUGAAGGAAUCGUUGUGUUCUUCUCUUCUUUUGAUUAUGAAGGACAGGUCCAUGAUGCAUGGAAGGCUUCAGGCAUCAUGGAAAGGAUUAUGAAGAAGAAACGUUUAUUUAGGGAGCCUAGAAAAAGUAUGGAUGUGGAAUCUGUUCUUAAGGAAUACAAGGAAACGAUUAAUACAUUGUCUAUUGGGGAUUCAAAAGAAAAUCCAGCCUCUCAGAGUGGUGCAAUACUCCUUGCUGUUGUUGGUGGAAAGAUAUCAGAAGGUAUCAACUUAAGUGAUGGAAUGGGCCGAUGUAUAGUUAUGGUUGGCCUGCCCUAUCCUAGCCCAUCUGAUAUUGAGUUGAUUGAGAGGGUGAAGCAUAUUGAAGGUCUGGGAACUUCAAAUCCCAUGAAACCUCCCAAAUUUUCAGUCACUGAAGAAGCUUACAAUGGAGAUGUAAAGGCUGGGUUUGACAUCCUAAGAAGUUGCAGGCGCAGAGGAAAAGAAUACUAUGAAAAUCUUUGCAUGAAAGCUGUAAAUCAAUCAAUUGGUAGAGCAAUUCGGCAUGUAAAUGACUAUGCAGCAAUUUUGUUGGUUGACGCUCGGUAUUCAUCUGAUCCAUCAAACAGAAGCUUAUCUCACCCAACUAACAAGCUCCCACAAUGGAUAAAAAAUCGUCUAGUUUCUUCUACUGAUAGCUAUGGUGAAGUUCAUAGACUGUUGCAUCAGUUCUUCAGAUUCAACAAGAAGAGAGGAAGUCAGUAGAAUAUUAUUUAAGUUGCUAGGACUGAAGAGAGAAUGCAUUGCACUUAUCACGAGAGAGAGAGAGAGAGAAUGCAUUGCAUUAUACUUAAGUUGGCAAUUUUUUUUAAAGCAAUCCAUCUACUUUUACCUGUAUGUUCUCCUAAGUUGGGUGGGUCCAGAGCAGUUCUUGGAAGAAAGUAGGACAGAGCUGACAGACACAAAAUAAAGUGGCUGAGCAGCCGUGAUAUGGACACUUGGCUAAACUGAAUGAUUGAAAAUAGUAUACUAGCAUUGAUGAAUUCCAAUCUUGUUAUAGAAGAUGAUUUUUGGUUAUACUUCAUAGUGUACUUUAGAUCUGUAUUUCUUGUCCCUCAUUUGUAAUUAUGACAAUUUUAUUUUAAUAAUUGAAUUGAUACAGAAUAAUUUUUUAA